GCCAUCGUCCGAUUCCAGACUCAGACUCCAACCCUAAUCUCAGACACAGCCGACUCGCUUCUUCUUCAUUUUUCCCUGCAUUCUCCGCCGCUGUCUUCCACCGCCUCCGAUCAGUGAUGAUUGAACAUACUACUGCCUAUGUGAAUUUAGUUUACUAAGUUGAGGAGCUCCUUGGAGGUCCAUAUUGCAGUUGUAUUUGCAUAUGUUUUAUGGUGCUAGCUCAACAUGUCCAACAAUCUUGUAUCAGAGCAGUUAUCACUACCAAACCAGCAAAUGGCACAGCUGGAACCCACUUCCAACAACUUGGACUCGUCAAUGCCCAACAUGCAAAUGGGACAAAUCAGAACCUUGCCCAAUGACCAUGGAUUACAGCAUCUGUCAGUAUCAAGCAAGCAAAUGGAACUGUUGGAGCCCAUAUCUUGUACUCAUAUGCCUCCAAUGAUACCUGUAUCAAGUAAGCAACUGGGGCAGAUGGAACCAAGAGCUAAUAAUCUGGUGGCACAACAGUCUUUAAUGCCAAACAGGCAACUGGAAGUGGUGGAUUCAAAUUUGAAUAAUUUUGGAUUACAGCAGUCUUCAACACCCAAUAAACGGAAGGUACCAAUGGAACCUAUAUCUAAUAGUCCUGGAGCACAGCAGAUAUCAAUGCCUAACAAGCGGGUGGCACAAAUGGAGCAUAGACCAUGGUUACAGCAAUUAUUUGUUCCCAAUAAAAAAAUACCAGUGCAGGUUGCACCCAACACUCCAGGUUCACAGCAUUUAACAGUACCGAAUAAGAAAAUGGUGCGUACAGAUUCCAUGUCUCGUAAAUCUGCCUCUCAGCAAGUAGUAACUCCAAAAGGUCAAACCACCCAGAUGCAACCAUCUCCCAAGGUUCGAUCGGAGUCAUUUGAAUCUGUGAGGACUAAGCUGAGGGAAUCAUUAGCUGAUGCAUUGGCCUUGGUUUACCAGCAGCAAGAUAAACCUCCACAUAUGGAAAAGAAUUCUAAAAAUGAGGCUACAAAUACGAGCAUUCCAAGGCAGUCACAGGAGGACUCUGAGCCUGCUGAAUCUGCUUCUACUGCUGUUAAUAUUGUUGACCAGGUUUCUGAAAAGCCUAGUGGGACUUUGCCAUCCAAAGAAGAUUGUUCUGCUCAGAAGUGCAAUGAUGGUCAAAGUGCUUCCCAGGAGACUCUUACUAAUGAAAACAAUGGGGAUUAUGCACAGAACUGGAAGUAUGACAGGCAAGAAUUCCAAUUGAAUACUGUGUUGCCUGAUGCGGAAAGUUCUUUUAGUGACAACUUCUUUGUCAAAGAUGAGCUUCUGCAGGGAAAUGGGCUCUCUUGGGCACUGGAUCUAGACACGGAGGUUCCAGAACCAAAGGAAAUUUCCACUGCCAAAAAUGAAAAUUUGGAUGGUAAAGAGGUUGUAAAUGAGGGGCAAAAAACAGUUCAAUCUCCACAAACUUUGGCAUUUGAAAUUGAAGCAGAACUCUUUAAAUUAUUUGGAGGUGUGAAUAAGAAAUAUAAAGAAAAGGGUAGGUCUCUUUUGUUCAAUCUAAAAGAUCGUAAUAAUCCAGAACUGAGAGAAAGAGUUGUGGCUGGUGAAAUUUCCCCAGAACGGUUAUGUUCUAUGACUGCAGAGGAACUUGCUUCGAAAGAGCUGUCUGAGUGGCGAAUAGCAAAAGCAGAAGAGCUUGCCCAAAUGGUAGUUUUGCCUGACUCAGAAGUAGAUAUCAGGCGAUUAGUGAGGAAAACACAUAAGGGUGAGUUCCAAGUAGAGUUUGAGCAGGAUGAUGGUGCCUCAGUGGAGGUUUCUGUUGGAACAAGUUCACUUACUCGAGUCAGACCAAGAACCAAAGAGAAGGAAGCUCGUCGUCCCUCUGAACCCGAUGGAACUAAAAGCAAAACAAAUCUUAUAGAGGAAAAAGGUAGUUUAGAUCAGCAGGAUAGUCCUUGUAGCCUUACUAUUCUUCCAAAUGAAGACCCUGAUUUGAUGCAAGGGCUGAUGGGGGAUGAAUUUAAGGAUGAAGAAUUUCUUCCUCCAAUUGUCUCUCUGGAUGAAUUCAUGCAGUCUCUUGACUCUGAGCCACCAUUUGAAAAUUUACCGGUGGAUGCUGAGAAAGUGACACCUGCCUCGGGCAAGGACAACUCAGGGGUUAAUGUAUCUCCAAAGGGCCCUGAUAGUACACUAAACAAGCCUGAUAAAAUGCAUGAAAAAGAUGCAAAAUCUGAUGCUAAUGAGAAACCUAAUGAUGGUCACGUACAAUCAGAAACCUCCCUGCCAGGUGGUACAUCUAAGAGUAAUGAGAAAUCAAGUCACGUUCAUAUGCAAUCAGAAAGUGCCCCUCAUGUUGACCAAAAGAAGGGUGAUUAUGUCUGGGAAGGCUUACUUCAGUUGAAUGUCUCAUCCAUGGCCACAGUUGUUUGUUUCUUUAAAAGUGGUGAAAAAGCAUCUACAAAAGAGUGGCCUGGUUUUCUUGAGAUCAAGGGAAGAGUCAGACUUGAUGCAUUUGAGAAGUUCCUCCAAGAGCUUCCUAUGUCUCGAAGUCGUGCCACCAUGGUUGUCCGUUUUGCUUGGAAGGAGGGAUCCUCAGAGGAUGGGCGUGCAAACCUUUGCGAGGUGGCUGAUUCAUAUGUUUUGGAUGAGAGAGUGGGGUUUGCUGAGCCAGCACCUGGCAUGGAACUCUACUUUUGCCCACCUCACACAAGAACUCUGGAAAUGAUCAGCAAACACCUUUACAAGGACCAGACUGAGACACUUAAUUCUACUGAUAAUGGCCUAAUUGGUGUUGUUGUAUGGAGAAAAGCUCAAUUAACUUCAACAAUAUCACCAAACUCAUCUUCACUGCAUAAACACGGCACAAAGAAACAACACUUUUCAACUAGGAGACACCAUGAAAAAGAUGCUAAUAUGAACUCCAAUUUCACAUCCAAGCCCUCACUCCCUCUGGGCUCUGCUCCCAACAUACCAGAACCCUCAACCGAUGAUGAUGAUGACAUUCCUCCUGGGUUUGGCCCUGCGGCUUCCCGGGAUGAAGAUGACCUGCCUGAAUUCCAAUUUUCGGGUGGCUCAAACUCAUCAACUGCGCCUUUCUCUGCCCGAACCACCCCUGGGGGCCCAGGAGUGGCCCCCUUUAAUCAGCCUCCCCAUAACCCGCCCCGCCCUGUAGAACAGAUGAGACAGCUGAUCCAAAAAUAUGGGCAAAGUGGAGCCCAACCAAGUUCAGGGAACUGGCGAGACAAAGGCAGAAUAAUAGGGCAUGUGACUCAGCCAUGGGCUGAUGAUGACGACGAUGAUAUACCAGAAUGGCAGCCACAAGCCCCCCAACAGCAGCUCCAUCCCCCACAACCUACACCUCCAGUUUAUGGCUUUCAGGCGCAGCCGGUGCUGCCCACCCAUAUGCAACAGCAUUUGGGAGCAGCACAGCCCCAGCAGCCACUGGGACCUUUACCAACCCCUCUGUCAAUGACUCUGCAGUCCCUGCAAUCAUCAGUGAAUCUGGUACAAGCCCCACAAAACCCUCCUACCCCUUCAUGGCAGCAGCAGCAGCAGCAGGGUUCUUGGUGGGUUCCCCCAUCUGGUCCCCAAGGCCUUCCCUCUGUCCAGGGAAAUGCUCCUUAUCCCGGGCAGACCGGGAUAAACUGGAGGCAGGAUGUACCUAGAAGCAGAGGGUUUUAAGUUGAUGUUUUGUAAAUCCUUAACUUGUUUCCCUCUAGAAAUGUUCAGUUCUGUACCCAUAAAUCUCUGUACAUGGUUGCUUUAGUUGUCACAGUUUUUGAACUAGUUUAACAAAAAAACUAAGUUUUAGUUUAAUUU